ACUUCAAUAGGAUGGACUUAUCAAAAUACAGCACCAUCUUAUUGUCUACUUCAUAUUUUCUCUGAUCAGAUACAGUGGUAUACUCAAAAUAUUUUUCACAUCGUUUACGCACAAUCUAACCUGAAGAAGCAUUUGUGUGUUUCAUAAAACUGUUCGGAACGUUACGCCUGAAUUUACGUCCGAUAGGAACAUGUUCUUAGGUAGAAAGUCAAGUACACGUGGAUAUAUGACGUAGCACAAGAAAGGUCACCAGUCGUUCAUAAAGUAAUUCAUAACUUACGAACAGCUUUUUGAAACACCCGCCCGAUAUACAACUCCAUCUCCCUUGCUCCACUUGUUAUCAAUCCUCCUGUCUUUCCGGAUACAAACACCUUCUCAUCUAGUCAUCUUAAUCGUCCGUAGCCGGAUCUGUUACUGGACAUUAUCAUUUUCAUAACUCCUAGCUGUAUUCUAGUGGUGUAAUAUUUGGAAUCACCCAUCAUAACUUGGCUUUAUAUACUUCUUGGGCUAAAGCUGUAUUUCUAGUUACCAUGGCAAACGAUUGGAAAACGAAUUACGUCGAUAAAAUCCUUAUGGCGUCUGGAAAUUUAACACAUGCAGCUUUAGUCGGAUUAGAUGGCGCAAUUUGGGCAGCCUCGGAUGAAUUUAAGAUUAGCAGCGGUGAAGCUGGAUUCCUUAUUCGAGGGUUGUCCACCGCCGAGUCCCUGCGAGAAAACGGUGUUCUCAUUGGCGGCGUGAAGUACGUGCUUCUCCGGGCAGAGGAUGACUGUGUCCUGGCGCGGAAACAGGGAACAGGGGUAUGCGUUGGCAAGAGCAGCACAGCCCUCGUCAUUGGAGUAUACGGAACUGAUCAUGUACCCGGAAAAUCCAAUAAAACCGUACAGGACCUGGCGCAGUAUUUAGUUGGUCAGGGCAUCUAGGAUUUGCCCAUUUUUUUCUUAAGCAACACAAGGACUUAUUAUCAAAUUUUGUUGGCAAUAAUGCAAAAUUUACCAUUCAUAUUUAUUAUUUUGUGUUUAUGGGAACUCAUGUAAUUAAGAUAACACUGAUGUGAAUGAAAGCUUAUUCUUUAGAAAACAUCUUAUCGCGAAGAACAGAAAUGACGAGGGGAGGAUGCGCAUUAAACUGGAAUGAUCCAUAUUAGCUUCGUUGAUUGGUGUAAAGUUUCAGGACUGUUACAUUGCUGCUUGGAGGGAUGCAGAACAAGCUUCGGAGGGGUGGGGCGUAUGCACGGAAAUAAUUUCCGUGGGCGUAUGCUGUUAAAACAUCUGAUAUCGGACCAGUCAUGUUGUUAACUCGACCAUAUUUUCCCCUCUUUGCCUUGCACUCGACAAUCACAAUCUCAUCUUCAUUUUUGGUUUUGUCAAAACGUUGUUUUAACGAUUGCUAAAUUGUAAGGUUCUUCAAAAUUGAAAACUGUUUUCAUGCAAUAUCUGGCCAAAUAUCAGGACACAAUACUGCUUUGAUAAAAUAAUUCGUCAUGUACACGUUAUCCAGAUUUCGUUCUCUGAUUAAAAAAAUAUAUUUCCGAUUACCCUUUCAUCCUGAAACUGGCGGCAUCGCACAUCACUAUCAGUGGCUACACAACACUUGCACAUUAUUUGUAAAUCUUUGGAAAGGGCAAUGUGCAUGAAUUUGUUUUUCACUGCCCUAGCGUUCAGAUUGGGGGAGGGGAGGCUGGGAGCAUGCCCGAUCUGACCCCCCCCCAAAAAAAAAAAAAAAAAAAAAAAAAAAAGUUUUUCCACCAAAAUAAAACAACAGAAAUAUUUUCAAAAAAUAAGAAAGAACAGGAAAUAAAAAAAGGAAUGAUUUCUGGAUAUAUUGUGAAAAUCUACCCAAACUUAAAAGUGUUUUUUUUUUAUUAAAAAGGUCAACAUUUUGUCUGGCUCUCUUCGUUUGCUCUCAACUUUGUAGAAUUUUCUCCCCAUAUGCCAUGUCUUGCCUCCUCAAAAUUAUGAUAAUCGCUCGUUGUGAUGCUAUUCCUGAAUAGUAAAUACUCACAACAGUCAGCUGCUAGAAAUCUGUCUUUAAACACCAAAGUAGCAUUCAUUCUCCAAUAAUAUCGCGUAAUAUCAAGGAAUUUGAAAUCAUUCUUCAAUACCCAUGGAACGAAACGUUUAUUAUAUGAAUUACUUUUACAUAGGGUUAGGGUUAUGAAAGUAAGUAUUCGUGCAAUCACAUGAAAACGUAGAAACUAUCGGUAUUAUACUAAAUCAAAUAAAUAACAACCGUGGCAGCAUGAACAGAACAGUAGUAGUAUAUUAGCAGCAGCAUCGGUAGUAGUAGUAGUUAUAGUAGUAAUAGUAGUAGUCAUGGGCGGAAAUCUGUCCCGAAAGGUAGGGGGGACAACGGGCUGAUCCAGCCUUGGGGGGGGGGGCGCAAAAACAUUUUCAGCCAUAUGUUAAUCCCCGAUCGGCCGCUCGAAGGUAAUUUUUGUCUGUUUCAUUGAAGGAGUAGUCCUCAUGGUCACUUUUUAGCUUAAUUCUUAUCAAUCAACAUAAAUAUAUGAUAUCAUUGUCCUUAUUUAUAUAAUGCGAGCGCGAAGCGCGAGCAAAAUUUUUUGGGAAAAUUUAUGUAUUUUUUUCCUAAAAUUUGAACAUUUUGGGCAAUGUUUGUUAUCCUGAAAAAGAUGUAUAUACAUCUAAAUAUUUACCACGACCGCGAAGUGCGAGCAGAGGUUAACUGAUGGAAAAUGUACCUGUUAAAGACUGCUUGCAAUUAGCCAUGAAGACGUUACAUAUUUCAACAAUCAAAUAAUGCGAGCGCAAAGCGCGAGCUGAAAUUUUUUGAAACUUUUACCUAAAGACUGGAAAUUCUAAGCACUUUUUGUAACUUAAACAUAUAAUAGGUAUAUAACUAAACAAUUGAUGCGAACGCGAAGCGCGAGCGGAAAGUUUUGAGAUUUAGACCUAAGAACGAGACACUCUAUUCAUGUUUUGUAAAUCAUGAAAAGGAUAAUUGGGGGUCUUUCUUACACCCGGUCCUUACAUAAAUAAAGCGAGUGCAAAAUGCAGCCAGAAAAUGUUCAUACCGUUUAAUUUGAAUUGAUCGAAAAGGUACUUCUUAAGGACUGCUUGCACUUAGACAUGAAGACGUUACAUAUUUCAACAAUCAAUGCCAGCGCGAAUCGCGAGCUGAACAUUUUUGACAUUAUUUC